AUGCCGCCGAGAACACUUUACUUUGUCCGCCACGCCCAGGGAGAGCACAAUGCACAGGAUCUCAACGCCUCGUUUCCUCACCAUGACUCUGUAGCCUUGAUCGUCUCAUCACCUCUGCGCCGUGCUCUUCAGACAGCUGUACACGCUUUCGCACCUGCCUUACACAGAGACGGAGUGAAGGUUGUUCUACAGCCAAUGGCGCAGGAGAUGAACGCAUAUGCCUGUGGUGUUGGUACCGAUCGAGAUGAACUGGAGAGACAGGUCAGAGCUGGAGACCUUUGGGACACAGGCUUGGGCGUUCCUAGUGAGAGUAUCGACUUCAAGGCGGUCGAGGAGGGAUGGAACUCAAAGGCAAGUCCUUCAACGUUCAAACAUGCCAAUGCUGACAGUAUUGCANNGGAAGGCACAUGGGCGCCAGAUAGAGCGACUGUACAGAAACGCGCUGCAAGACUCCGCUCAUGGCUGUUCGGACGCAAAGAGGAGGUUGUGGUUGUCGUCUCGCAUGGAGGCUUCUUGCAUGCCUUGACCGAAGACUGGACCGGCUUCAACGCUUCCCUUGGUACCGGAUGGCAGGAUUGCGAGAUCAGAGAGUUCGCGUUCACUGAAAAGUCGACACAAAGCAGUGCGCAUGUUGUCGAAAAAGCGACGUUGGCUCCCAAGCCGAAUGGAGGAGAGAAAGCGCCUCAGGUCGUGAAGGAGGUAGAAGACAUGGGUCUGACCGACAAGUAG